AGUUGCUUAAAUAAUGGCAGAAGUGGCAGAAUUUGCAGACUAAAAGAUACCUUUCUACUCACAUGGCCACAUUCUUAAAGUAUCAAGACUUUGGCUUUAAAUAUUGAACAUUGAACAGGAGAUGCCAUAACUUGGUAUGCUGAGGGUAACUUGAAUGAGUUCAAGUUACAAGGGGACAAACUCCAUCUGAGUUGAUAGUAGAGACAGAGGCUCAAACAAGAACAACAACAUUUGCCCCAGUAGUGGAAAAAACCCUGUGGACAUGGAAGUCAAUGGGUCUAUAACAUCAGUUAUUAGGGGAGGAGAGAGAAGAAGGGUUCCAUCAAGAAGCAGGUCCUUGAGAAAAGAAAAUGCAGGAAGGAGUGAGGGAAUUGAGACAGGAAGCAGAAACCACCCAGUCUAACCUCAUCAGAGCUUUGAGACACGUGGAAAGAUUACAGCCACCAGGGCAUGGAGGGUCAGGAACUGCCUUAUGUGCUAAUUGACUCUAUAGGAGAGAGGUAUGGAGUAUAUGUGGACCAUCUUGGAUUUCUGAAAAAACGUUUUCAUCUCAUCACCAUGAAAGAAUAUCUUGAAAACAAGACAUUUCUCAGCAAAAAGAUCAGAGCUAUCUAUAUGUGGUACCACAGACCAGCUAUUAAUGAAGAGCUGCUCCAGAGCUUGCCUAACUUGAAGGUAGUUGCAAGUUCUGGAGUGGGAAUAGAUCACUUGGACCUGAAACUCAUCUCCAGCUAUGGUGUGAAGGUGUCCAAUACUCCAUUUGCUGUUUCCACUGACACUGCAGACAUGGGGAUGGCUUUGUUGCUGGCAUCUGCCAGGAGACUUGUGGAAGGCCAUGAGAUGGCAGUCUCCCCUGACACGGAGUAUUUCCCUGCUGACUGGCUGGGGGUUGAGGUUUCUGGAGCAACCCUGGGGAUCCUGGGAAUGGGCACCAUUGGCUACAAAGUGGCUGAAAGAGCCAAAGCCUUUGAAAUGAAGAUUUUGUACCACAACAGAAAUCAGAGAAAAAAGGAAGAAGAAAGUGCUGUUGGAGCUGUUUACUGUAAGAAGAUAGAUGAUUUGCUCCAGCAGUCAGAUUUUGUGUUGCUGGCUGUGACCCUAACUCCACAGACACACAAACUGAUUGGGAAGAGGGAGCUGGAGCUGAUGAAACCCACUGCCACUCUUAUUAAUAUCAGCAGAGGUCUGGUGGUGGAUCAGGAUGCUUUGGUGGAAGCCCUUCAAAACAAAGUUAUUAAGGCAGCUGCUCUGGAUGUGACAUAUCCUGAACCUUUGCCAAGGGAUCACCCCUUGUUAAAGCUGAAGAAUGUUAUAAUAACGCCUCACGUUGGAAGUGCCACCAAGAAGACACGCUGGGUUAUGAUGGAAGAAAUGGCAGAAAGCAUUGAGGCGGGCCUGGCGGGUCUUCCUGUCCCUCGAGAGGUGCUGCCCUAAGCAGCUGGCAUUUAGGACUAAUGCCGUCAGUGCAGAAACACUAAUUUGAUCGCUUUUGGUGUAAUUAUCCCACAGUGUUACGCAGAUAAAAGAUAUAAAGCACUUGUUUAAUUUAUUUAAAUGCCCACCAGCGGUUCUGUGUGGAAAACUUCAGUGUUUU